AUGGGCUCCUUCAACAACCCAAAUCACACGGAACUCAACAGAUUACUGAUGGAUCAGAAAACCUUAGGCGAAAGUUUUUCAUUGGAUCCAGCACGCAGCGCGUUUUUGAGUGGAAGAGAAGCUGUAGCAAGUAUCAGUGGUGGGGUUGUUCAAAGUACUAUCGGAGCUGGUGGUAGUGCUACCACCUUCACUACUACUACUAAUACCGGAAAUAAUUUAACAGAAUUCACAAAACGAAAAAACUGGUCACAACGAAUCAUCGAAGAACUUAAAGAUUUUUUGCACGUAAUCUCACCCACCGGAAAGUUAAUGUAUUGUUCUCCUUCGUCACAAGAGCUGGUUGGCUAUUCACCCGAAGAAUUAGUUGGUCGAAGCAUUAAAGAUUUCAUUCAUGUUGAUGAUGUUGACAUGUUUGUUCGUGAUUUUAAUAUGGCAAUUAAUCAAAAGAGCAGUUUCACUCUGUACUAUCGUUUCCGUAAAAAAGAUGACAAGUUUAUUAUUCUGGAGGUGAAUGGCCAUCCAUACUUUGGUGAUAACAACCCCACCAUAAAUAGCACAUGUCGUUGUUUUUUCAGCAUGGGUAGAGUAUAUCCCUCAAAAACGACUGCGAUGCUUGAUUCCUUUCUAGAACUGAAAGUGGAAAAUGAGAAUCUGAGACGUCAACUUCGUGAUCUGAUGGGUCCCCCGGAGCCUCAAUCGGUCGAAGCAAGUACCUCUACUGCCGCGACGAUCGGCAGUGGAAUGGUUGAGCGGACAGUUGAUGUCACAAAUGAAACAAGUAAUCCGCUGGAAUUAUUGACCGGCUUACGAUAUCAGGAGGGUGAGCGCGCGAGGGGAAUUUCCACGGGAUCAAGUGACCCUUGUUUACUGAACGAAAAUUUGAUGGAUGUAGAUAUUACAUCUACUACCAAUGCUACUACCUCUAUACCGGUAGCUAUGACAGCGACCACUACCAUUACCACCUCAUCUACCUCGUUGAGAGACGACAAAAGCAUAGUAGUAGGAGGAGGAGUUGGUAUUAGUGGAACAGCUGAGCCAAGACCUUCUGGCAAUGAACCUGCUUCCCAAGCAUCCACUUCUGCUCCUACUCCAAAACAAAGAAGAAAGCCGAAAAAACCCAAGGUCGAAGAAGAAGAAUAUGUUUGUACGGAUUGUGGAACUGUAGAAUCGCCUGAAUGGCGUAAAGGUCCACUAGGUCCCAAAACGUUAUGUAAUGCAUGCGGCCUUCGAUGGGCAAAAAAAGCGAAGCGGCAGGCAAGUGGGACUACUAUUGGUGGAGGGAACAAUGGUAACGGGGGCGUCGGCGGUCCUGACUUACCAUCUUCCGGAAUGGAUAUGCCAGGCGCUGGUGAUUAA